AUGACGGAGACUGCCACGUCAGCAUCGGCGGCGCCAGAGGCGGCCACUUACCCUUCAGCAUACGCCCCUCAUGCUGCUUUCCCAUCAGCGUAUAGUAACAGGGGCGGCGCGUUGCACGGUAGGGCGGCUAGUUUUGACUUUAUCCCUGUUCCUAGUAGCGGGCGGCACACGUCAGCAUCGAAGAAAUCCGACGUUGCUUUCAUGAGCCACCAGAAGCAGCCUUCGGAGCAAUUCGAUUCGCUAACCGCCGCUCGAUUGUGGCUCCAUUCACCUUCGCUUGCCUCUAAUGAAAGCGUUUCCGCAUCUCCCGCUGCCGCCGCAUCUCCCGGGGUAGUAUCGUCGCGCGGCGCAUUCACGAGUCGCCCCGAUUCGCUGCAGAAAACGGCGUCGCGCGCAUUAUCCCCAGAAACGCCGCCAAUGCCGCUGCGGGACGUCGUGGCGACAAACGCCGGCACGCCGACGAUGCCGCGGCAGAGUCGCGCGAAAAGCACCGACAAAUCCGCUCCUGCCGCCGUUUCCCAAGCCGGCGGCGUCUGCCGGCCGCGGCCAUCGCCGAGUCGGCGGGCGGCACUCGGGAUCGCCGACCUAAUGGCCCUCCAGGCCGGCAGGUCCAAAGUCGGCGGCGACGGCCGCGGCUCGGGCGCCGCGGCUCGAACGAGAUCGACGUCCCCAGCGUCGACGGUGGGGGCGGGAGCUGUGCAGCCGGGAUCUGCGCCGCGUACGUUGGCCGCGCCGCCCACGAUGGUUGCGCCGCCGGCGCGCUUGCCGCCGCAGGGUGAGGCGCCGUUCUGUUUCCCCUCAAUCAGCCAGAUCAACAGCGCCAAUUCUUCGCUUUCCGUGUCUCCUCCCUCCGCGUUUUCCGGUACGGGCGCGCAGUUUACGCUGCGCAAAAGCCCCCCGCAUGCAAAUCCACGCGGAAGCGCAGCGAUGAGGUUCCCCAGGUCCAUGUCAGACGGGCAAACCGUGCCACGUGGCAGCAGCAGAGCAAAGCCUGUUUUCCCGGUAAUCGCACGAAAUGAGACAGACAACGUCGCCAAGCCUUCGGAGCCGGUUCGCGGCAGCGCGGAUUCGCCGAGCCUGCUCCAAGCCUGUGCGUCCGGUUCGGCAGUGGUGGAGAGCCUCGGGGCUGCGAGGGUCGGGAGGAAAUCGAGGCUCGGGCAAGGAUGCGAUGGGAGCGGCAGCAACAGCAGCAGCAGGGACUCUAGCCCCUCUGGCAGCAUCGACAUGGCGAAAUGCGAAAACAAAGACUGUUCCGGAAACAAGGACGAGCGCCGACCGAGCGCUUCGGACAUGGAGAUCUCUGAGGUGGCGGAUUGCGAGGGAGCAGGGGCCCAAUCGCGUGGCGGCGCGGGAAUGGCGGGCAGUGGCAGCGGUCGCAACAUCUCGAAACCACGCGCUGUCAUUACCAUUCCAACCGAUCAGAACCCAUUUAUCCGUCCGUCGCCACUUCUCCCCAGGGGCCCCUACCCCUUAUCCCCGCGCUUGGUUUCCCCCCGUGGUCCCUCCCCUCUUUCCAACCACCAUCCUUCCCCCCUCUCCCCCUGCAUGCCUCCGCCAGUCUCCCCCUGGGGCCCUUCCCCCCUCUCCCCUCGCGCUCCCCCCCUCUCUCCUCGUCGCCCCUCCCCCCUCUCCCCUCGCGCUUCUCCCCUCUCCCCACGUCGCCCUUCCCCGCUCUCCCCUAGAGGCCCUUCCCCGCUUUCCCCCAGAGGAUUCUCCCCCCUGUCCCCACGCGGCCCGUCCCCCCUUUCUCCCCCCUUGGCGUACCCGGGUCACAAUAUCCCCCUGUUUUCCGUUCCCCCUGGCGCGCCAUGGGUCCCCGCGCCUCUUCCGCGCUUCAUGUCCCCCGCGUGGGCUGCAACCCCCUCUUCCGCCUCCGCUUUCCCCCAACCGAAGGUGUAUCCUCCGCUAAGGCCCUUCUUCGCGCCCAUCAGCCCCGCGAACGUCGGAACCGCAGCUUCCUCCGCAACUUCCGCCGCAGCUGGCGCCGCAGCAACUGGCGCAAGCGGUGGCGGAGGAGGAAAUGCGGUUCAAGGCGCAGGGGGCCAAGCCACAGGAGGGGAAGGCUUGCGCGGGUUUUCCGCGGGUGCGGGAUGGACGGGGGCAGGAGUCGUUCCCCGUGGCAUGCCAGGUGGGUUGGCGCAAGGAACGGCUGGGAUCGGGGGAAUGGCGCAAGGGAUCGCGGGGAUGGGCGGAAUUGCACAGGGAGCGGGGGGAAUGAGAGGAAUAUCGCAGGGAAUCGCGGGGAUGGGCGGAAUGAGCGGUGGGGGGAUGGCUGGUUCCGCGCUGGUGCUGCCUGGGGCUGUACGCGCUACAGCAAGCAGCCCGGCUUCUACUGUUAGCGGAGCAGCUUCUAUCCAGCCUAUUACCCCUGUUGCUAAGCCAGGGAGGAUAGCAGGAACCAUGGGAACAGGUGCCGCAGUAAGGGGAGCAGGAGGAGCAGCAGUUGCAAAGGGUGCAGCUGCUGCCUCUGGCGGAAGGAGGAUGGCCUCCGCGCAAGGUG